GCUCGCAUUUACGAUAAUCAUGGUGAUGGCCCUCAUUAGCACUGUGAGUCUUGGUAUGAGUUUUUCUGCAACUCGUUUUAUGGUGAAACCAGCUGCAUCUCUUACACUUGUUAAGCCACCAUCCACAAAGUCUAUCCAUACUACUAGUAUCCGCUGCACUAGUAAUGAUACUGCAUUGGUCAGUAGAGGUGAUGCAUGUGUUGAUGACAAAUCAAUUGUUCGUCGAUCAGGCAAUUAUCCUCCUCCCAUCUGGGAUGAUGAUUUCGUUCAAUCUCUUGACAGUGAUUUCAAGGGAGAAAUAUGCAAUGAAUAUGCACGGGACUUGAAGGAACGUGUGAGGAUGCUGCUCAACAAAGAGGACAUGGACAACCUCAAGAAGCUUGAGUUAGUUGAUUCAGUUCAGAGGCUUGGAGUGGGUUAUCACUUUAAGAAUGAAAUUACCAGAAUUCUGGAAGCCGUGUACAGUACUGAGAAGUGGGACGGCCAAGAUAAUUUGCAUGCCACAUCUCUCAAAUUCCGACUCUUGAGGCAACAUAAAUUUAGAGUUCCUGAAAAGGCUUUCAGUGGAUUUUUGAACGAAUUAGGUAAGUUCAAGAUCAGUCCCACCAGUGACAUGAAGGGUAUGCUAUACUUGUACGAGGCAUCAUACCAUUCAAAAACGAAUGAGAAGAUACUGGACGAGGCACAACGUUUCACAACCAAACAUAUGACAGAUUACAUAAAUAAUAGUAAGAACAGUAAAGACGACAAACUUAGUGAACUUGUUAGCCGCGCCUUGGAACUUCCACUGCAUUGGACGGAGACAAGGCACGAAGCAAGGUGGUAUAUUGACUACUUUGAGACAUCAGUACUAGCACAAGAUAUAAAUUAUUCUCAUCUGCUGCGUUUUGCAAAAUUGGACUAUAACAUGCUCCAGGCGAUUUAUCAAGAUGAACUCAAAGAGUCGUCGAGAUGGUGGAAAAGCAUACAAUGGGCAGAGAAAUUAAGCUUUGCGCGGCCAAGGUUAAUAGAGUGUUUCUACUGGAGCGUGGGUUACAACUUUGAGCCUGAGUUUCAAUAUGCGAGGAGCGUGCUCACUGCUGUUAAUGCCUUCAUAACUACUAUUGACGAUAUCUAUGAUGUGUAUGGUACUUUGGAGGAACUUGAACUGUUGACAAAAUUAACAAAAAGUUGGGAUGCGGCAGAGCUGGACCAACUCCCAGAUUUUAUGAAGAUCUGUUUUACGGAUUUCUAUAAUAAGAUCAAUGAAGUAGCUAAUGUUUUCCAACGUGAACAUGGUGUCUCCGUCCUUCCUUACUUCCAAAAAGUGUGGACUGAUCUUUUUGACGCUUAUUUGGUGGAGGCCAAGUGGUACCACAGCGGAUAUAAACCAAGUCUCAGUGAAUACCUCGACAGAGCAUGGCUCUCAAUAUCAGGCGCCGUACUGUUAACUCAUCUGUACUUCGUGAAACCAAAUUCGCUGAAGCACGAAGACUUACAGUGCUUAAUGACUUAUCCAAACAUACUUCGUCAUUCAGCAACUAUUUUGAGACUUGCAGAUGAUAUGGGAACUUCAUCGCAUGAAAUGGAGAGGGGGGACAAUCCAAAAUCGAUCCAAUGCUACAUGAAUGACAAAGGUGUUUCGGAAGACAAAGCCAAAGAACACAUUAAGUACUUGCUAACUGAGACAUGGAAGAAGUUAAAUGAAGAGUGUGCAGAGUCUCCUUUGUCCAAGCCUUUUAUUGAAAACUGCUUAAAUCUGGCAAGGAUAGCUUCAUGUGUUUAUUUAUAUGGAGAUGGACAUGGUGCCCCCAGUUCCCGUGACAAAGAGCGUCUGUUGUUUCUAUUUGUUCACCCCAUUCCUCUUUGAGCAAUUCUCAGUUAAUACUGACAAAAUGAAAUAAGCUCAGCACUCCAAAAAUAAUCCAGAUUUUGAUGAUAUAUAGUGACCGAGACCGUGCAGCCUCGAAGCUUUGAACGUUUUGCUGUGACUGAUCUCAUCUUUAUAUUUCAUCAUUUCUUCCACUCUCUUUCCAGUUUCUUUGCUUUAUGUUGUUGAUGAAUUUAGUAUGGAGCAUAACAACAUGUUAUAUGUUAUGUCCAUGUUUGUGGUUGUGUUUGUUUGCAUUCAAUAAAUUGCUCCUAGUAAGCAUAUAAACCUGAGUGUGGUCAAUGGUUAAUGUUUGUCUAGGUGCACCUGCAGUUUGUUAGGCUACUUUAUUUGUACCUGAACCUAUAUCACUGGUUAAUAAAGUUGCUCCUGGUAAGCAUAUAAAAUUGAGUGUUGUCUUCAUUUUCAUGUUUGAGAUAUUAUCAAGUUAUGAGAUUUCUCUUUUUCUGUUCA